UAUUUACAUAUCAUUGUCUACUGUUACAGCAACUGGAAAGUGGGAUAAAGAACCAUCAAGGCACAGUCAACAGUAUGAAUGCGUCCGGCAACGAAAUCAUCCGUCAGUCUGCAGCCCUCGACGCAGCCACCCUCAGGGGCAAGCUUGAGUCCCUAAACCAGCGCUGGAAAAACAUCUGUACAGCUGUCCUGGAACGGAAUGAUCGGUCUGAGACAGAGAGUGUGAAAACUGUCGACUUUACUUUUGACAUGGACGAGUUAUUUUUCUGGAUUGAUGAGACAGAAAAUAUUCUGUCAACUUUUGUGAUAUUGGAAGAGGAUGCUUUAGAGGAACUCCUGGAGAAGAUGAGGGAUCGGGAGGAUGAAAUUUCUACAAAGCAACAGAUCCUGGAUGCAAUCAACAGAAAUGGUCACUCCAUGCUUAAACAGGAGACAAUGUCGGUAGAAGAUAAGGAAAACAUAGGCAAGGAUCUGGAGAAUCUCACCACUAGGUUUGCCAAGGUUUCGAGAGAACUACCAGGCCAGAUCAAGGUGAUGGAGGGACGGCUACACAAACUGCGUACAUUCCAACUAGAAAUUGAUGAACUACAGACGUGGCUGGAGUCCACAAGACAAGUCCUGGAGCUACAACAGAAACCCUCCGGCCUAGAGGAGACAGACGCCAUGAUCCUAGACCACCAGCCAACCCCUGAGGCCCUGGUGGUGCGACAGUCCAAUGUGGACAACCUCAACUUGCGCUACAGUCAGUUGAUGGAGGAGAGUGCCCAGGAUGAGAUCAUCGUCCCGGAUACCAUCCAGCAGCAACUCAACAACCUCAACUCUGAUUGGCUGUUAGUCAAACAGCUCGCAGAAAAUGUGAAACCUGUUGCGGAGGUUAAAGUGGAGGAAGUAAUGAAACAAGUUAAAGUGGGUCAGGUGGAGCUUCACCAGAGUACGACCAAGGUGACACAGAUAGAACUUCACCAGACGUCACCCUGGCCAGACUUCGACAAGUCUCUGGCUGAGCUCCGCGACUGGCUCACACUUCUCGAGAGGAUGCUCAAGUCACAACGUGUUACUGUCGGCGACAUCAAGGACAUCGAGCAGAUGAUACAGCGCCAGACGUCCUCAGACAGCGACAGCAGUUUGAAUCUGUCGGAGCAUGACCUUAGUGCCGUCGACCUUGACCUUGACGAUGCUCAUGCGCUCAUUCAUGAUAUGUCUCAGCAGCUCACGCACCUACAGAACGUACUACAAGACAUGGAGACCAAGCGACCACAACUGGAGGACCUGCUCAAUGCUGCAGAAAGUCUUCAGAAAAAUGCCAGCGAGAGUGAGAGGAGAACCCUUAAAGAACGAGCGGAGAAGUUGAGGGAACAGUGGGACGAGGCAUAUGUCCGCGUGAACCGUCGGAAGAACCAGUUGGAUGACAUGCUCCUGGAGUGUCGCCAGUUCGACGAGAUACAUGCAGAGUUUGAGCGCUGGCUCCUACAGGUGGAAGAUGAACUGGAAAAAAAUCCUGUGGAUCCACGAGCCAAAGACGUGGAUCAGCAGAUCGCCCAGCAACAGGCUCUUCAAAAGGAGGUUGAUGAGCGACAGAGGAUCAUAGACAAUGUGAAGAAACUGGCGAGUAAGCUUAUAGACGAAUACAGUCACGAUGACACAAGUCACGUGAGACUGCAGUUGGAGAAGGCCAUGAACCGUUGGUCAACACUACUACACAAGCUGGCGUACAACAUUAAGACGCUGCAGAACAACCGUAACUCCAUUCAACAGCUGGACACAACACUCGACACCUUCACCCACUGGCUUAGUGGCAUAGAGAAUAGCUACAAACGGCUCUCUGACGAAACCUGCAAAGAGGAGGUGCGACAGAACGAGGACCUCUGCAGGGAGUUCCUAGAGCAAUUCAGGGAUCUUCAGGCAGAAGUUGAUGCCAAUAAGAGUACGUACGACUCACUCAACUCUGCUGGGAAUCAACUGGCCCGCAACAUGGUGGCGACCGACGCACAGAAACUGCACCGGCGUCUGGAGGAGAUGAACCAGCGAUGGAUCAACCUGAUGACAAAGUCCAUGGAAAUAAGGGGUAGACUCGAAAGUAAUGCAGAACAAUGGCUCCACCUAGUAAAUACACUACAGGAUCUGAUUGGCUGGCUAUUGACCAAACAGCAAGAACUUCACAAACAACGACCAAUUGGAGGGGACCUUUUAACUCUCCAAAAUCAAAGCGAGGAAAACAGGAGAUUACGACGACAGUUGGACACAAAGCGACCAAUCAUAGAGCAGAGUCUGGAAGCAGGGCGUCACUACCUGAGAGAGGAGGGAGAAGACAAGCGACUCAGUACAGAUAGUGGGGAAAGUAGUGAACAUGAGGAAGUACCGCCUACGGAAACAUCACCCGAGAAAGAGGCUCGCCAUUUAAUAAAGAAAAUCCGUCGUCAAGUGAGACUGCUCAACAGGAAAUGGGUGGAAAUUAACCAAGGAUGUAAUGAGUGGCAGGCUAGGAUAGAGGACGUCACGGAGAAAAUGGUAGUACUACAAGAUGGAUUAGAAAAUCUUAACAGUAGACUCAGGGAAGCGGAACAGGAAAAAACAAAAUGGCCACCAAUAUCAGACAUGAUUAUAGAAAAUCUACCUGCAGAAAUAGAAAAAAUAAAAGCAUAUCAGAAGACCUACGCACCUAUCCAAGGUCAGGUGGACACUGUUAACGACCGCGCAAACAAACUCCAAAACCUCAAAGUAAUACUCAACCAUGUCAACGUCCACAGACUGGAGGACUACAACACUCGGUGGCAGGAAUUACAGAUUGCUGUGGAGGAUCGCCUUAGAGACCUACAAGAAGCUCUUCGGGACUUUGGCCCCGAUUCACAACACUUCCUCUCAGUGUCAGUAGAACAGCCGUGGGAACGAGCGGUAUCUGGUAACAAAGUGCCUUAUUAUAUCAAUCAUACAACAGAAACUACACACUGGGACCAUCCGAUGAUGACCGACCUUAUGCAAGCCUUAGCUGACCUAAACAACAUUAGAUUUGCUGCCUACAGGACGGCCAUGAAACUCAGGAUGUUACAGAAGAAGCUCCGAUUGGACCUUCUAGCCAUUAACGUUGCGGUGGAAGCGUUUGAUCAUCACAACCUUCGGGGUCGUAACGACAGUCUGAUGAACGUUAUAGAGAUGAUCAACUGUCUGUCCACUAUGUAUGAUAACGUGGCUACGGAACAUCCGGAGCUAGUCAAUGUUCCACUCUGUGUCGAUUUGGUGCUUAACUGGGUGCUCAAUGUCUACGACAUAGCGAGGAGUGGGAAGGUGCGAGUGUUGUCCUUUAAAGUUGGUAUCAUCCUCAUGUGUAAUGGCCAUUUAGAUGAUAAAUAUAGAUUUUUGUUCCGGUUAAUAGCAGACACGAACGGUUUCUCCGACCAGCGGCGACUCGGCCUCCUCAUCCACGACAGCAUGCAAGUUCCUCGGCAGCUAGGAGAGGUGGCUUCCUUUGGAGGCAGCAAUAUAGAACCAAGUGUCCGCAGCUGUUUUGAAAAGGCCAACGGUCGACCAGAAAUCCAAGCCACCCAUUUCCUUGAAUGGCUCAAGAUGGAGCCACAGUCCCUGGUGUGGCUUCCGGUGCUUCAUCGUCUAGCAGCUUCCGAAACUGCCAAACACCAGGCCAAGUGCAAUAUUUGUAAAGAAUUUCCCAUAGUUGGCUUUAGAUACCGCUGCCUUAGGUGCUUUAAUUUUGAUGUUUGCCAAAACUGCUUUUUCUCAGGAAGGAAAGCCAAGACCCAUAAACUUUCACAUCCUAUGCAAGAAUACUGUACCGCAACAACCUCAGGAGAAGAUGUCCGAGAUUUUACAAAGAUGUUAAAGAACAAAUUUAAAACAAAGAAACAUUUUAAGAAACAUCCUCGUCUUGGCUUCCUCCCAGUACAGACGGUGCUUGAGGGUGACAUCCUAGAAAGUCCGUCACCGUCCCCGCAGCAUAGUAUAUCAUCACAAGACAUGCAUUCCCGCCUUGAACUUUAUGCAAACAGAUUGGCUGAAGUGGAACAGAGACAGGCGUCCUCCACACCCGACUCUGAUGACGAACAUAAUCUGAUUGCUCAGUACUGCCAAAGUCUGAAUGGAAACACCUCUCAUACGCUAAAGAGUCCAAUGCAAAUCAUGAUGGCGGUGGACUCCGAUCAGAAGUCCGAGCUGGAGGCCAUGAUCAAGGACCUCGAGGAGGAAAACAAGACACUACAGCAGGAGUAUGACCGCCUGAAACAAGCAAAUGAACUACGAGAAAAUGGUAAUGGCUUGGAAGAGGAGGACGAUGAAAAUAACUGCAAUGUUGACAUGGACGCAGAAAUGAUCGCCGAGGCCAAGUUACUACGUCAACACAAAGGUCGUCUGGAGUCACGCAUGAAGAUCCUAGAGGACCACAACCAGCAACUGGAGGCCCAGCUGACUCGCCUCAAACAGCUUCUCGACCAGCCUGCUCAGGACCAGAGUCUGGGGUCGUCCAUGCCCACAACACCCUCUUCCGAGGAAUCUGAUGUACAGCAGCCCCCGCCCCCUCGUUACAGGUUCAGCCCUCAGCUGGAGUCCACUCCUCAAAUGAAUGGUCACAGCCACACAACAGACACACCUAGUAAAGAGGAAGUUGGGGACAUCAGCGAUAUCAUCUCAGAACCCAACGGCAGUGUAACAGAGGACAAAUCAAGAGGUCCCAACAAGGUGGGGAAUCUGUUCCACAUGGCUGGAGAGGUGGGCAAGGAGGUCGGGCGCCUGGUCACUGUGAUGACCGACGACGAUGACAAUGUGGAGGCCGAGGCCAAAGAAACGACACAACCCCAGACCAGCUAGAGGUCAUCGCCAUAGCAACCCAUCAAUGAUCUCAUAUCUGUGUUUACCUGUGUUGAGGAUAUAAGGUCAUCCCCUAUCACAGAGACACAUGUCUGGAGAAAUCAUUUUUCAUUGAAACUCAGACACCUGUGAAACAUGUCAUAGUGUGUGUGUCCUUCAUUAUGUAAAAAUGUGAUCAUUCUAGCCCAGGCUGAGGUCAUGCCAGCCUCAUGAUUCACAUGAACAUUUACGUCAGGGCAUAUGUGAAAGGAAAAUAUUAUCACCCAUCUUCGUCUUCAUCAUGUAGACACAUAUUUCCCCCCGUUGGAUGAAAGUGAUGGAGAUAAAAAAAAAACCACAGUUACAGUAGCUUUUAUAUUCAGAAACAUGAAGAUGUUCACAGGACAAUGGGGAAUAAGAAUAUUUUGAACUGAUUUUGUCAAAUGGUUUUUUAGAGCUUUCUUCAGCGAGAAAUGCAGAAUAAAAAUAUUUCCAGUUAGAUCCAGCCAAAAAUUUGAAAUACCAAAGAUUGUAGAAGUAGGCUAGUCCAAUUUGUCCUAAAAGAAAGCGACAAGAUGGGGCUCCGUGUUGUGAUACACGAUCGUGAUGAUUCUGUGAUGCCGCUUGUGUCUGGAUAGUUUUAAGUUGUUGAAAAUUGUUGUCAUUUACAUUGAUAUGUGAUACCUACAUGCAACAUGUGUAUGUGUGUGUGUGUGUGUGCGUGUGCAUGUAUACAAACGUACAUGUUAUUAUUUGUGAAAACACUGCCAAAUUUUGUUUUUCGUUCAAGAGAUAUGUGUUACUGUGGUAACCAUAUAAAGCAGAGAAUCUACUGAAAUAUUCGUUUUCCUGUUUUAUCCCCAACAGAAAAGAAGUAGAAAGAAUCAGGCACAUAGCAAAACUGCAGACAUUUUGAAAUUCAUAAUUAUGUGUGUUAAUGUUCUUCCAAUACUUGCAUCAUGUAUAGUUUAAGAAUUGUGUGAAAUUGCCAAAUGAUUAGGGGGAUAUUAUUGUUGAGUAUGUGACUGAACAUUAAUAAUUAUAUUAGCAGACUUAAGCUGUGUGCUAUCAUACAGGUCUGUCAUUAGAGGUCAGACAUUUUGCUUUGACCUCAGAAUCAAGGUAAUGGCAUGAUAUUGUGCUUUCGCCCUAGAUUUGGGAUCAAAGGUCAGUCAUGUUUUUUUACUCAGAACUUGAAAUCAACGGUUAGAAUGAUACUGCACGACCAUAAGAGUUUUGUAUUGGGUCUUAUUUUAUAAUCUGACCAAGGACGUCCACAUGUGUGUAGAUAAGGAUGUGUAAAUAGUUAUAAGGAAAAAAUGCAAAUCUUCCAUAAUUUAUAUCAAGUAGUGAGUUCUGUAAGAGAACUGUUGUAAUUUUCAGAUCACGUAUAAGGCCUACAAUAACAAGACGUGUGUAUCUCGGAGUGUAGGCCUACAAGAGCGAGGUGAUGAGUAUUUGUGUGUGUGUACAUAGAUUUGAGAACAAGGUCCUCUGUAAAAAUAGCCAUUGGUUGUACAAAUCCCCAUCACACAUCAUCAUUGUUCACAAGGUUCUCCUGUCAUAGAACCACUCCCCUGAUUAUGUAGACCAAAUGCAUUUUUCCGUUGAUAUUUUUUAAUUUUUCAUGCAUUUUAUUUUAUAUCGAGUCCACAUUCACCUGUUAUUAGCUUGUUAUAAACACUGUGUAACCAAGCUUAAAUAUGUUAAUGUUUAGAUACCUGCCUGGGAGGGGAAACCUGUCGUUCCACAGUUAUCUCCCAUAGAUUAAUUACAGGAAUAAUUUUAAAAAUUCUGAGUCACAAGUUAAUAUUUAAUGGAAAAUAUGAGGAUUAAAUAUACAAAUAUUGUUACAGAAUCACUUGAUGGUGCUAUGUUUAUUUUGUAAGUAUCCUGUAAUGUUUAAUAAUCAUUAACAAGUUUGUUAUAGGUUUAUUUUAGAGGGUUAUUAACAUCAUCAAUUCUUGGAAUUUCUGUUUAAUGACAAGUUAAGGAGAUAAUUAUUCAUAUAAGUUAGCUAGUUACUGACACAACACUUUGUUGACUUUCACCAACAACAUUUAUUAUCUAGAGAUUCUCUCACAAUACCAUAAUAAUCUUGUUUAUAAAUUCUGCAGGACAGACAAGUGCAGUAAUAUAACUUUUCAAGUCGAAAGUCCUGGAAAGUAACCCAUCUGAUUACUGCUUAUUGAAAAUGUAAGAAAUACUUAUAUAUUCAUGGGUAACAGUAAAAGACAGUAUAUUAAAGAUACUUAUAUCUCAUAUUUUAAAAUGGUAGUACUGAUGAAUACUCUCUUACCUACAUUCUGUAACCGACUCUGUAUUCAGGAAUUGUAUCACAAAUACUCAAUUAUACCAGACAUGUAAAGUAUAUAUACUUCGUAUAUAAAACUAUUUUUUUGGGGAGGGCUUAAUAUUUUUGUGGUUGGAAUGGCAGGAAUACUUAUUUAGAUUUGGAACUGGACACCUCUCUGCGUUACCUGAUAAAUAUUUUGAGGAGGAUGAAGAUUUUUAAAAAGCUUUUAAAUCCAUAGCUGAUUUUUCUGGUUCCAAUAAAUUCAUCUUGAAACAGCUGGUUUAUAACCCGGCCUUUCCAACAAGCUGAAAUUUAAACACACGCCCUGGUCAAGAAUUUGAUAUAUAUUGGGUCAAGCUGUAUUAAAGGAAGAACAUUCCAUUUAAAAUGUAAACGAUUUAGAAUCUAUUAAUAAUGGUGAAUUAAAAUGUAUAUCGUGUAUAAGGGACAAAUAUACAGAUGUAUCUGACGAUUAGCUGAUAUUGUACGUCUUCAACGGUUUUGAAAAAAUAUUUAAUAUUUUAAACAUC